GCAGACCUAGUCACCCCCUUUUGGAAACAGGUUUAGGAGCGCCAAGGAUUUCUUUUAUUUGUUUGUUUUGUUUUACUUAGACUGUUAAGCGGCAGAGCAAGGAUUCAAAUUGCUUUCUAAACCCCAGAGCUGUACUUUUUCAACUUUAAUGGCCUGAGUUUCCUCAAUUUACUCUUUGCCUCAAGGAUUCCAUUAUUUAUGGCUGCCAUGAAAAUACCCAAUUUUGGUGAACAUUUUGGGCCAGAACAAUUAAAAAAGUGGCCAGAGCCGGAGUCAGUUGACUUGAUGGAGGCACUGGCUAGAGAAGACAUAGAUGAAGCUGUACAUGCAGUAUUAUUUAGAGAAAAUUAUGUUGCAAAGAGAUUGGAUACGUAUUUUCAGCAUCUGGAUGUUUUUAAGGAAAGAAGAAAAGAGAUGAUACAUAGAAAAUGGACUGAAAAUGUUGCAGAACCUCUUCAGCAGAGAAUAGUGGCAAAAGUAAUUUCACAUAAAGGGUUGGAAAAAACAAAACGAGAGAAUUUUGAAGAUUUUUUAAAGCACACAAAUAAAACGGAAAUUAUAUUUGGAGGCUGUUAUGAUUCUGAAGUAUACAAUCCUUUUUAUAUGACAAGAAAGGACCCAAAUUAUGGAAAGGUUAUGGUCCCACCGUUCUGUGAUCUACUGUUUAGAAGACAACAAGAGGUGGAUGAAGAGCAGAGAGCUAUUUUUCAGUACAAGACAGGAAAACAGUGUACCUUUGAAGAAUUUAAAGAAUUAGAGAAGGCCAGGCGGUAUGCCAGAUUGCCCCAGAUCACUUUUACUCUCUGCAGCAUGGUUCCAAAGGCAAGGCCCAAAGCCUCUGCAAGACCUGUGGGAAACAAAACUCGUGGUAAAUGCAGUUCUGAAAAGCUUAUCUGUGCAGAAGAGAAAUAUCUGCCUGAUAAAGAGAAAAAGACCAUCAGCCUAAGUCAGAUGAUUUUUGAAAGGCAGUUUUGUUCCUCGAAGCUGAGCCAGGAGAGUAAAAGGCGUGAGAAGAAGGGUCUGGCUUUAGGAACCAGGCAGCCCAGACCCCGAUCCCGGGUGGCUGGGGAAAGCCAGCAGAGGCGGGGGUCACAGCCUGCGAAAAGAAGAGUGAUGACAGCAGAGGUCCUGGCGCAGCACCUGGCUGCCCUGCAGCUGGGAGACAGGUGAGGAAGCCAGGAACCCAGCCCCGGAAAGGGCCGUUUUAAAUAAAA